UUCUUCCAUUUUCUCUGCUUCCAUUUUCUCUUGUUCAAUUUUGCUGCAAAGAUCCAUGGCUGACCAACCACGCGAGCGGGAUUCGGUUAUCGACAAGAUUUCCGAUAAGAUCGGCGACUGCAUUUCAUCGUCUUCAUCCGACUCUGAUGAUGGCCUGCAUUCCAAAAUCGAUGCUGUAAAAUCCCGUGUUUUUAGGCUCUUCGGUAGAGACAAGCCCGUCCACACCGUUCUGGGCGCUGGAAAGCCUGCUGAUGUUUUUCUUUGGAGGAACAAGAAGAACUCUGCAGGCAUCCUUGGGGUUGCCACCGCCUUGUGGAUUGUUUUUGAGCUGAUUGAGUACCAAUUAAUCACCCUCGUGUGCCAUUUAUUAAUUCUUUUACUUGCUAUAAUGUUCUUGUGGUCUUAUGCCAAUACGUUUAUCAACAAGACCCCACCUCAAAUCCCAGAUAUGAAACUCCCUGAAGUUUGCUUUCUUCAAUUUGUCUCUGCACUGAGAAUCGAAAUCAACCGUGCAAUCUCCAUUUUACGUGGAAUUGCUUGUGGGAGAGAUUUGAAGAAGUUUCUCAGUGUUUUUCUUGGUUUAUGGGUUCUAUCAGUAGUUGGCAGUUGGUGCAAUUUUCUGACCUUGUUAUACAUAUCCAUUGUAUUGCUACACACGGUGCCAGUGUUUUAUGAGAAGUAUGAAGACCAGGUUGACCCAUUGGCUGAGAAAGCUUGGAUAGAGUUCAAGAAGCAGUAUGCUGUAUUUGAUGCCAAGGUUCUAAGUAAAAUCCCCAUUGGGGCACUUCAAGAGAAGAAGAAGAAGAAUUAGAUUAUGAAGCAUUUGUGUCUGGUCAUGCUUACCUACACCAUAUUCCUCUUAGCAGUCUUGUUUUCUUUUUCUGGCAAGACAGCUCUCAGUAAGUUUUGGGCAGAUUGGUGAUCUCUGCACCAAUAUAUCUUUGCCUUUUCUUGUCAAUGCCAAGCUUAGGCCUUCUUGAGUAAUUUUUUGUUUGAGUUCAACGGGAUGGGGAUUCGAACUUAUUACCUCUCGGUUGAGGAUAUAUGCCUUAUA